CCUACUAGAGGACUGAGAGGGCGGAACUUUUACAAAGUUGUGCUGAAACACAGUUCACUGCUCAUCUGUAGUAAGUGCAGUGAUCCCAGCUGAGUUAAAGGAGCUCAAAAUCGCCCAUGCACCGGAUUCUCAGACUUUAUCAUGCUACAUCAUUUAUCUCGGAUUGACCAUUGCAGAUCUCUGGCUUCAUAAAUGCAGUACCGUUCUUUUGUGUGAUGGGUCCAAACUACCAAUGCAUAAGGCUGAGGCAUAAGUUACUACUCAAAUCUCUAUUUAAAUGGACUGUUAGAUGUACCAGGAGUGAUCAGUCUUCUCCUCUGUUUUGUUUGGCAUCAUGAUUCAGCUGGACUGUGAUAGUAAAUUUCUGGGGCCAGCAAGUUUUUCUCUCUGCUUUGUGAUAACAGCUGGACUUCUGUUCUCUUUCGAGAGCACAACAGUUAGUGGAUAUAAUCACGACACAGAUAGUUCUGUUGAUGGACUUCCCAACUACGAAGUUGUUCAUCCUGUCAGAGUGGAUUCAUCAGGACAUAUUUUGUCCAAUCUUGUGUCCCACCGCGUGAGUCGAAUUCAAAGGAGAGAGACAUUUAAAAACAAAGAGAGCCUGGCCCAGGUUUUUUACCAUCUGCAGUAUGGUGGUCAAGACCUGCACUUUAACCUUACCCUGAACCCUCAUCUACUAGCGCCUGGAUUCCUCACAGAGUGGAGAUACGGUGGUCUGCAAGGGACUACUUUACAUAGCCAUGGUCACGCUCUCUGCUACUUCCUGGGAGAUGUCUGGAGCGGUACAGUGAAGAGGGGUCAAGCAGCUCUGAACACUUGCAAUGGCCUGACAGGGCUGUUCAAACUCUCAGAAGAGGAAUUCUUCAUUAGUCCGCUGGAGUCGGCACAAGAAGAGUCGGCCCUUCAUGCUCAUGCAAUCUAUAAGCGACAUGCUGUCCAAUCAGAACACCAGCUGGUGCAGCCUCUGUUUAGGGAGCACACAGCUAAUGCAACAUGUGGGGUCAGAGAUCCUUUAGGAGGGGCAAAGCAGGUAGAGAGGCAAAGAGAGCGCUGGGAGAGACGGCAACAUCGCAGACGGAUUAGACAGCGCUCCAUAAGCACUGAGAAGUGGGUAGAGACUCUGGUUGUGGCUGAUCCAAAAAUGGUGGAGUACUAUGGGAGCAAAGGAGUAGUGAGCUAUGUGCUCUCUGUCAUGAAUAUUGUGGCAGGGUUAUUUCAGGAUGCCAGCAUUGGAAAUGCCAUCAACAUCGCUGUCGUGCGUCUCAUUCUGCUGGAAAAGGAUGAGGAGGAUUUAAAAAUCACCCAUCAUGCAGACAACAGCCUGAACAGUUUCUGUAAGUGGCAGAAAGGCAUCAAUAUGAAGGAUGAUGAUCAUCCAGUCCAUCAUGAUGUGGCUGUUCUCAUUACUAGAAAAGACAUUUGUGCUGCCAUCAAUAAGCCUUGUGAGACAUUGGGACUGUCUCAUGUGGCUGGAAUGUGCCAACCUCAUCGCAGCUGCAGCAUCAAUGAAGAUACAGGCCUACCCCUUGCAUUGACUAUCGCACAUGAACUUGGCCACAACUUUGGUAUUCAGCAUGAUGGGAACGGCAAUGACUGCGAGCCCAUUGGGAAAAGACCUUUCGUCAUGUCUCCACAGCUCCUGUAUGGAACCCCUCCACCCAGCUGGUCACGCUGCAGCCGGGAAUACAUCACCCACUUCCUCGAUCAAGGCUGGGGCUGGUGUCUGGAUGACCCUCCUGUCAGAAACGAUCUGGAGAUGGACUCUGCUCCCCCUGGCGUCCUGUACAGUGCUGCUCAUCAGUGCAAGUUCCAAUACGGAUCAAGCUCAUUGCUCUGUGACGAUGUAGAUAAUAUCUGCAGCACCCUGUGGUGCACAGUGGGCUCAACCUGCCACUCGAGGCUGGAUGGGGCUGUGGAUGGGACCAAUUGCGGUGAGGGCAAGUGGUGUUUUGACAGGGAAUGUGUAGAGAUGGGCUUCCAGCCUGAAACCGUGAAUGGAGGCUGGGAUUCAUGGAGCGAGUGGUCUGAGUGCACCAGGACAUGCGGUGUAGGCGUUCAGAAUGCUCAGAGGGACUGCCUCAACCCUGUACCCAAGUAUGGAGGUAAAUACUGUCUCGGAGAGCGCCGCAGAUAUCGAACCUGUAACCGUGACCCCUGCCCUGCAGACCACAGCUUCAGACACAUCCAGUGCCGCCACUUUAACAAAAUCCCUUAUAAGGGAAAGUUUUAUAAAUGGACACAUGUGAAUAACAGAGUUCAUCCGUGUGAGCUGCACUGUAGACCUGUGAAUGAGCCCUUUUCUGAGAGGAUGCUGGACACUGUGGUAGAUGGAACACAGUGCUAUGAGGGCAGUCAGAGCCGCGACAUAUGCAUUAAUGGAAUUUGUAAGCACUUAGGCUGUGAUUAUGAGAUUGACUCAGAUGCCAUUGAGGAUCAAUGUGGAGUGUGCCAUGGAAAUGGAUCCACAUGUGAGACAGUGAGGAAGACCUUUGAGAACAGUGAAGGGCUCGGCUAUGUAGACAUAGGUCUAAUUCCGGAAGGAGCCCGGGACAUCCAUAUUGAGGAAGUCGCAGAGGCUGGGAACUACUUGGCAUUACGUAGUAAUGACCCUGAAAAAUAUUUCCUGAAUGGUGGCUGGACGAUCCAGUGGAAUGGCGAGUAUAAAGCAGCAGGAACCGUAUUCACUUAUGAAAGGACCGGGCAGCUGGAAAACCUAUCUUCCCCCGGACCAACCAUGGAGCCAGUAUGGAUUCAGCUGCUUUUUCAAGAGACCAAUCCAGGGGUGAGGUAUGAGUACACCAUAAGCAGAGACACUCUUGUUGACUCCAACAAUGGCACUGUUGUCUCUUAUUUCCAAUGGAUUUAUGGGGCUUGGACUGAGUGUAGCACCACAUGUGGAACUGGUGUAAAGAGGCAAGUUGUGCAUUGCGUGGAGAGAACAUCUGGAAUUGUUGAGGAACAUUACUGUGAUCCAUCAACUAGGCCAGAUGACAAGCAGACUAACUGCAAUAAGGGGGCAUGUCCUGCCAUAUGGUGGGUUGGAGAGUGGCAAAAGUGCUCAUCUAGCUGUGGGGACAUUGGGCUUAGCAAGAGAACAGUGCUGUGUAUUCGGAGCCUAGGGCUGGAUGAGCAACGAGCGCUUCAACCGGCUGAGUGUUAUCACUUGCCUAAGCCUGAGUCAAUUGUCCAUUGCAACACACAUGUGUCCUGUCCUGCUGACUGGACCACUGGAAGCUGGUCAGAGUGUUCAGUGAGCUGUGGAGCUGGUUUCCAGACACGUGACGUGACCUGCAGCUGGAAUACUGGUGUGGACUGUGAUCCGAAAGCCAAGCCUAAUUCAACUAUGCCAUGCUAUCUUCAGGACUGCCCCAUAAACUUAGAUACAUUUGGCAACAACUGGUCAGGAAGUGGAGCAUCCAGCAAAGAAGUUUUCAAUGAGAUAGAAGUUAUAGCCCACUUCAGUACUACUAGAAAUCAGCCCAGGGGCAAUGCUGACCCCAAUGACAUUAUAGAAGACAACUUCCAACAUUAUAGUCAUGUUGAAAAGUCCACUGACAAUUCUAUUGUGAAAAAUCUACGAGUUGAUGAUUUUUAUUAUGACUAUAAUUUUAUAAGGUUCCAUGAGGAUCUGUCGUAUGACCUUGAUAAAGCUGAAAAUGAUAUGUUUGAUAACUCAGGAAUAAAACAUGGAGACAUUUCUCUGACAGAGGCAGAUGUCCCUAUAACUACCUCAUCGCCAUCCACCAUUGCGGACCAACACAGUCCCACCACUAUGCGCUCUGACAGCAUUACAAACAAGGGUACUGAAGGUCAUGAACUUCAAAAGAAAGAUGUACUCGACGAAAAUAAUAAUGAGCUAUUUGCUGAGGGCUAUUUCCUCCCUGUUAUUACAACAACUGAACCAUCCUCUGCCACUACCAAGUUAUUUAGCACAAGGAAGGACAUUGAUAUUGGCUUAAGUCAGGACACCAGUGUUACAAGAAACCUGUCAUUACCUGUAGAUGUGUUCACUCAAAACAAGGAGAAAUUAUCUUAUGAAAUUGUUCCAAACUUCUUUUUAACUCCUGAACCACAUAUACAUUUGAACAGAAAUUCAAAUAACCAUGACCAUUACAAAGGCAAUCAAAAAGACAAAACUGAAACGCCAAUAACUGAAGAUGAGAAUGAAGAGGAUUUUGGUGAAGGUGAUCCUGGAAGUGAAAGUGAACCACACCAUGGCACUCUAAAUUAUAAACCUCAUUUAGAUUAUGUGUUUCAGUUUGAAACAUAUAAGAACAGACAUGUUCAUAAUCCCACUACUCCAUUACAAUGGAGUACGGCCUCACCAGCAGUCACACAGAGUGCAACUUCUCACCCGUUGGAGCUUCUCAGCAGUGCUACAAGUCAUGACUUUGGAAAAUAUCAAGUUUUGACCGAACCAGCAAUUUACACUAAGGCUAGUGAACCAUGGCUUACUGUAAGGGAGUUCACUACAACCUCAGAUAGCAUUUCACAAGAGUAUGUUCCUUCUCCAACUUCCUCUGUCCCAAUCAAACAUUACAGUAGCAUGACCUCAACAGCUGGAAUAAUAGCUCUACCUCCUACAGAAAUGGACAAUGAUUUUGAGCCCCCACUCUUCACUCCAACUAAGAUUCCGGACACUACAACUGCAGCAAAGACUCAAAGUUGGUAUUCUAGAGCCAUUACACCAACAAAGACUAAUGGGCCUAGAAUAGAACCUUGGGGAACUCCGGUCCCCUUGCCUCACUGGACAAAUAUUGACAACAAUAAGAUUGUUGUUGCACAAAAGCUGAGACCUGCUAGGGUGAAUCACACUCUCUCUACUCUUACUGAUCAGCCAUCUCAGGGCACUAGCAUUGAGGAUUCAGUGCAUUCUAACCCUCUGAUGCCUACUGCGCUGGUCAUGCCUUCCAUUUCCCCAUCAGCCUCCCCUGCACACUGGGAAAAAGGCAACUGGAGUGCUUGCUCAACAAGUUGUGGGCUUGGUGCCAUCUGGAGGUCAGUCUCCUGCAGCACUGGUGAUGAAUAUGACUGUGACUUACCUACUAGGCCAGUGCCAGCGCGUCGCUGCUACCUUCGACCCUGCUCCGCAUGGAAAAUUGGAGACUGGAGUAAAUGUUCGAAGAAUUGUGGUGUAGGAGUGAAGGUCCGAGAGAUUCUGUGUUAUGAUACACGAGAUCAGAGGUUACUGCGGCCAUUUCAUUGCCAGGCCACCUACCCCAGACCUCCUGUCAGAAUUCCCUGCAACAUCCACAACUGUUUAGAGUGGUAUACAUCCUCUUGGGGGCAGUGUUCAGAGCUGUGUGGAGGUGGGAAGCAGCAGAGGCUGGUCACCUGCCCUGAAACUGAGAAAUGUGAUGAGGACCUACAGCCCACAAACAUCCAGGCGUGCAAUGUGCAUCCAUGCAACCAGUGGAUUACCGGAUCCUGGGGUCAGUGCUCAGUAUCCUGUGGAGGAGGUGUUCAGCGCAGACUGGUCAAAUGUGUCAACACUGAGGCUGACCUAGAGGAUGAAACUGGGCAUGUAGAUUGUGAUCAUGAACCUCGACCAAAGAACACAAAGAAGUGUAACAUUCAUGACUGUGACAGCACCCACUUUGGUCAGCUGUGUUACCAGAACCAUUUGACAUUACGCUUCUGUCAGACUCUCCAAUGGCUCGGCCGAUGUCAAGUGCCUUCCGUCCGUGCAAAGUGCUGCAAGACCUGCGGGCUGCCAUCACGGGGCGGUGAUCACACUGCAAGUCGCUGAGAUACAGGGGGAUAUCCGAAUGACUGUUGUAAGCCAGGGAACACAAGAUUAUGACACACAAAUAUUCAAAGCAGAUAUGGACCAAUCCUUUGUUGGACAGACUUUCAUCUGGUCUGGUCAAGCUGUUGCCAUUAACCUACAGUUCAUCAGGGAGCUUCUCUGUCCUUACAUCCUUUAACACACACAGUAAGCAGUGCUUAUUUCCAUUCAUCAUCUCAGAUAAGUGGUAGUAAUGCAGAGCGGACCAUCUUGCCAUCUCACUAUAGAGUGAUGCAGGGAUGAUGUCAUUGUAGCAUGUAUAGUUAGCAUUUUAGCUCUUCCGGCUCAAAGUCAGUGGGUUUAUUGCAUGGGUUUUUGGUUAAAUGCCUAAAAUAAGUUUUGUGGUUAACAAGCUCAUGAUGUUUUCAUUCUGUGGCAUAACAUGCAUCAGUAAACCCCCUUGUCAUUUUAUUUUUCUUGUCUUAAAAACAAUGGUUGCUAACAGGAGGCUAAAUGGGACUACACAGGUUGUAAAUGAAAUUAAACAUCAUAACUCCGAAUAUGAAAACUCAUGUACUCACUAAUUCGCUUUGACAGCAUUGUUGUGUUUAUAAUCGCGCUCUUGCAAACUAUUGUUAUGCAAACAAUCAGGGAAAAGUUUUUUUUUUGUAAUUUUUUUUUUUGAGUUCUCAGAAGCUCAGUGGUAGUGACCUUUAAUUCAUGCAACUGUUGAUGAUUGCAUUUAAGCUUCAAAAUGCAUCAUGUGAAGAGUAUCAUGAUGAACAAAAUUUUUAAAGGGGUCAUAUGAUGUAGAACAUUAUUUUGUGUAUUUGGUGUAAUGAAAUGUGUUUAUGUGGUUUAAAAUAAAAUAAAAUACAAAACCCACUAAAAACCCACUAAAUUAUUGUUUAUCCUCUAUGCCCCGCCCUUCUGGAUCAGUGUUGUAAAUACACUGAUUUCUAGCCGUUUCCUCUUUUGGAAGACCAAACAAAGUAUUUAUGUUUCACAACGAAACUAAGUGUCUCCACAACAUGGUGGCGGCAACAACAAUACUACAACGAGAAUCAAAGUUACACCUACUUUCUUGGCAUGAACAUUUGGCCGCCGUUAUGUAAAUCUUCCCACAUCGUGAUGUAGACAUGUGGGGGCGUGUUUAAACAAGGCAUUUUUGGGGGGUGUGAACAAGUCUUAACUUUUUUUUUUUAUAUCUCUUUAGGUUUGAGACUUUAGUCUUUGCUACUUUAGAGAUUGUAUCUAUUCACAAACAGCUUGUAACGCUCCAAAGAGAAAGCAAAACUUGAAAUCGCAUCAUAUGAACCCUUUAAGAAUCAAACUUUUAUUGGUCACAGAGCUUAUUUUCUACAAUAAUCCAAUAAAUCCUAUUGCUUUCUUUCUAAAGGGAACCAGGGUGAUGCUGAUUUCCAGAUUGGCUUAUAAAUAUACAUCAUAACUGCAGUAACUACUAUAGUAAUUUAAUUUUCUUUUUUGAUUAGCUGUUGAUGGAAAAUCAUAUCUUUUAACUAGGAAUUUAGGACUGCAUUUAAAGUCGUCCAUUUUUUUUUUUUUUCAUUUGAACCACAAAGCAAGAGCACAAUUCCACAUAAUUGCAAGUUUGCAGAUGUUUUUAUUUAUUGAAGCUGAUGGCAGAUCAGAUGUGAAACCAGUAAUGAAGUAUCUGGUGCUGCAACGUAAACUGGUGCAAAAGGUAGUAAGCGCUAAGCUCCUCACUCAGUCUAAUGUUAGCUGGUACUUGAAUUCUACACACAUUAUUUAUACCUUAAUUUUAAAUGUCUGUAUUACUCUUUGGAUUAAUAAACGUAUACACAGAAUAACAGUUCAGUAUACCACUUUUCAAAAUGCAUACAACAUAGAAAAGCUUAAGGUCUGCUUUCGCAACAUAUAUAAAGGAUUAUUUUUAAUGCAGUCAUUAACUGUUACCAACAACAGAGAUAUCAGUUUAAAGAAAAACUGUCAAGAUGUUUGCAGGUACAUGUAAUAUAUUAAACUAAUUAAUUUUAUGGUUUCUGACCUUUUAUAAUAUGAACACUAAUUGUUUAUUCAGUCUUAAGAUGCGGUCACAUCUGCAACACUACGAUUAAGUUUUGUGAGAAAAAAAAAGGUCUAUUGUCAAUAGUGUAUGAAGCUCAGUUCACACAGAAGUCAAACCAAGCAGUUUUAUGUUGGUCAUCAACAUGUGAAGUUGCAUGGUUGACUUUAACAAGUUACAAAAUCUACAUGGGAAAAUCUUACUGGAUUUCACCCACAAAAAAUUGUAUAAUUACUAAAUGACAGAAAAUGUGAAGAAACUUUAAGAUGCAGUCAUUAAUGAUAUUUCAGUGAAAUUUCAAAGGCAAAAAAUGUCAAUUUUCUAUUGUCAAUAGUGUAGCAAUAUAUGAAGGACAGCAAAAGUCACUUUGAAACCAGGCUUUCUCUGACCAAACUCCAGAUUCUUAUUUGACACAAAUAAUCACCCAUUAAAAUGAGCCAAAUAGUUUUACAUUUGUGAUCGCACCUUGAGUUGUAUAAACUGUGCUGCAUAUUUUCUAACUCCAUUAUACAUUUUGAUUUGCUUUAUCACAUUUCAGGUUAUCAUUUCUUGAUUUUAUGUGAAUAAAUGGAUUCUCUGGAAAACAAAACCUUUAGCACAUUUGCAUUUAAUAUAACAUCUCUGCAUGACACUUACUUUACUUCCAUCACUUGUUCAUCCAAGGACCAUGUAAUGUAGCUGCAGUGUACAAUAUAUGUGUAGUUUUGCUCUAAUAAGAGGCCUGCAUCAGAACCGCAAAUGCAACAUAUUUUGUUUGUCAUGUUGUACUGAGACAUGCAAUUAAUUAUUUUUUUACUCCUUAAGUGUUUAGGUUUGUAAUUCUGUGCUUAGCCGAUGUUUCAGGACUGUCCUGUAUAUAGACAUUGAUAAUACUUUACAAUAAGAUCCUUUUAAUUAGCAUUAGUAAAUGCAUUAACAAACAAUGAGGAAUACAUUUGUAACAGAAUUUAUUCAUCUUUGUUACAGUUCAUUGUUUGUUAAUGUUAGCUCAAGUCCUUUUAGAAUAAUAUUAAGAGACAAACCUUUUGAUUUAAAAAAAAUUAUCGGUUAAUGUUGAAAUUAAGAUUAAUAAAUUCUUUACAAGUUUUUGUUAUUGUUAGUUCAUGUUAACUAAUGUCAUUAAAGGAACCUUAUUGUAAAGUGUUAACUGACAAUUUUCUGAUUUACAUAGGAUUUUUUAUUUAUUUUUUUAACUGUGUUUAAUUUUGAAGUAAUGUGUCAUUGUCAUUUUAAAUAUUAUUCAUAUUGCACUUCUGUUCCACCUUUGUUUUUUUGUAUGUCUUUAUUAAAUAGUUCUUCUAAAUGAAAGGA